AUGUUAUUGUUUUAUUUAUUUAUUUAAUACUACAUUUAAUAGAGAAGAGAGUAUUGGCUGCUGGGGCCUUCGACUCGACAUUGUUUUAAUCAACAACAUUUAUUUGCUAAACGUGCUAAGUAUGGGCAAGCAAAAAGUUGAUUUGCUUGCCGAGCAGGAGCUUCCGGCCGAGCCGUUACCCAUUCCCAAUCUGGAGGACCCGCUGGAGGCGAGCGACAAUGACAUCAAGAUGGUCCGCUUCAAUUUGGCCCAAGGCUGCAUUACACACACCAUCUUUCUGGGCGCGAUGCCUCCGCUGUUUGGCACCACUUUGCGUCCCGGCUUUCCGGCUGCCUUUGCCACAUUUUGCAACACUAUCAGGUGUGUGUGCUGGCAUCGGAAACUCCAAGCCUACUCUAUGCAACUCCAAGCCUACUCUAUGCAACUCUGACGAUAAUACACUCAUACUUAGAUUCUGACAUACACACA